AUGAUUUAUCAGAUAGUUUUUCUUACAUUCGGGGUGGCGUGUGUACUGGGAGCUCCAACAAGCGCCGUGCCGUCAGAUAAGCAGCAACCGACUGUCAUACCAAUAAUCUCACAAUCUGAGGAAUUACAAUCAAAUGGCACGUAUUCAUUCAGUUAUGAGACUGGAAACGGUAUAAAAAGGGAAGAAACAUCAUACGAUAAGGUAUUACCAAAGGCAGCAGGCCGUAGUCACAACAGCGAGGAAGGAGGGGAAAGUGACGAAAGUGAUGAAAGUAAUGAAAUCCACGUACAACAAGGCUCAUAUUCUUACACUGCACCUGAUGGUUCUUUAAUUACUGUAAGAUACAUUGCUGAUGAGAACGGCUUCCGGCCUGUUGGUAGUCAUUUACCAAGGGCACCGAGCCCAAUUUCUACGGCUUCCAAUGAAAAGACUGGCCGUACAUUAAAACAGCAAGAUAACGAUGAUUCGGAAUCUGUGCAAUCCCUGAGUGUCCAACCUUCUCAAGAAACCAUUCCCGCUAUUGCGGCACGCUCAGCUACAGAGCCACCUCAAAAUAAACCAGCAGAGAUAACCCCAAUGGAUUCUUCGAAGAACGAAAAAGAACCCGAAUCUGCAACGAAAUCUUCACCAUCUGUAGAAAAAUCUGAACCUGUUACUACAAUUAGUUCUCAACCUGAACAGAAAACUGAAACAACUGAGUCUGCAACAGCAGUGAGUUCACAAUCCAAUAAUACAUCUGAACCUACUGAAUCUGUAUCGACUUCCAUGCCUGAAGACAAGAAAGAUGAUUUGGAACCUGAGAAUAAGACGGAAUCAUCCACUCCAACUGUGACUGAAGAAAAAACAUCAAAAUCGCCAGACUUAACAGAAUCCACUUCAUUUGCAUCGAAUGAAAGAACAACAGAACCCUCAACAGGAGAAUCUGCUACAGUUUCUGAUGCGCUGACUACUUCAGUCUCUGAUAACACUACUACCGAGCCUAGUGGUUUAAUAACAACAACUGUCGUAGGCAAAGAAAUAACCGAGAAUUCGGAAGCCACAACGGCAUCCACAGAACCUAUAACACAAGAAGUAACCGUAUUACCUACUUCAACUGAAACCGCGAUAACUGAGGAAGUAAGCACUUCUUCCUCUUCAGCCAUA